AUGUCCUCGCUGCCCCGCAACCCGCGCCCAGGGGCCAACGGCUAUUCGAACGGCUACUCCGGCGCCCGCUACGGCCAGCCCGACGGCGACGACUACAGCAGUGUGCGCAGCUAUGGCUCGGACCGGAGCCGCGGUGACCGUCGCCCUGGAGGCUAUGGCGGCUUCGACGACUCGGCCGACUACCAAGAACGCCCCCGCGUCGCGCGUCCCACGAGCAUCGAGCGGAGACGAGAAGUAAGGAGAAGCGGCGAGUUCAACGGCCCUCGAAGCAGAAGCAGGCCGGACUAUGCGCGCGGGGGAAAUGCGAGCAAGCAGAUCGAAGAUGUGUUGGAUCGCAUACAGAAAGAAUGGACAUUCAUGACGGACGAGAAUUGCACCCCGGUCCAAGUCGCUCUCAAACUGCUCGACUCCAGCUCCCUCGGCCUCGCCGGCCGUCAGGACGAGUUCAUGGGCACCAGUGCUGAGCUCCAAACCGCACUGAAGGCCAUUGUCAACGAGCACCAUCAGGGCUUCAACAGCUCCAUCGGUACCUUCCACAAGAUCCAGAACAGCCUGCAACAGUCCCAACAACGCGUGCGGUCGUUGAAGGAAUCCUUGGUCUCCGCAAAGGACAAUCUGUCGACCGCGAAACCGGAGUUGAGGGCCUUCUCCGCCGCGUCGCAGAGCUACGAUGAGAUGCUACAAAUCUUGGGGUCCAUAGAACAGCUCCAACAUGUCCCAGAGAGACUGGAAAUUCGGAUAUCCGAGAAAAGAUUCCUACCUGCGGUAGACGUUCUGCAAGAUGCUUUGAGGUUGAUAAGAAAGUCUGAGAUGGAGAACAUUGGGGCUUUGGGCGAUCUUCGCGUCUAUUUGAGCAACCAGGAACAUUCCAUGUCGGAUGUCCUUAUCGAAGAGCUCCACAACCAUCUUUACCUUAAAUCGCCAUACUGUGAGGAUCGCUGGAAGGUGCACGCCCAAAACCAACCCAAAACCGGAGCCGAUGGCACAAUAGCUGGAAUCGACUCCGGCCGCAAAGCUCUCUACCAAUUUCUGGACGGUCUGGACACCACGGAAGCUUUGGUGGACGACGCUUCGCGUAACCCAGAAGCCGACACGUUCCAUUACAUUCAGGUUAUUCUGGAGGCGCUCAACAAGAUGAGCCGCCUAGACAUCGCCAUCGAAUCGGUCGUUCAGCGUCUGCCCGUAGAGCUCUUCAGAGUUGUUGAAAGGUCCAACACCGAGGUCGCUCAAAGGCACCCAAGCCUGGUCCGCGGGUAUGCUAGCAAUCGAGGCGCAAAGACUAGCAGGUCUUAUGAGAGCGAUGAGACGCGUGCUACGCUUCUGAACGACCUUCUUUGGACACUUUAUGCCAGAUUCGAGGCCAUCGCAGAGAGCCACCGCGUUGUCCAUGAUGUCGUCGCUGGCAUUUCGAAGAGAGAAGGCUUACGGGAAGUUGGAAUGUUGACCAGUACUUUCAGAGAGCUGUGGAAACUGUACCAGAGCGAGAUGCGUUCAUUGCUCCAUGAUUAUUUGUCUACAGACGGCGAACUAGCUUUUCGAUCUGGCCAGGGUGGCGCGCCUAGCGAUAGUCCUUUCUUGAGAACGGCGAGAGACAAGAACAAGAAAAUGUUCAAACUCUCUGAUAUGGAUAUCACGUCCACGGACUUCGCCUCGGAAAGGAACGAUCUGGAGCACAUACUCAAGUCUUCUGUUCCUGGUCUUGUGUCUGAUUCAAAACGUAUCAGCGGGGUGACAACAAACUCCAACAACCAGGGACAAGAUGGCAGUGCCACGGGACAUAAGCUCCUCGUGGAGCCCAGCGUUUUCAACAUGGGAAUAUUGCUCCCUCCUUCGCUAGGGUUCCUCACCCGGUUGAAGGAAGUCGUGCCUCCAGGAUCCGAAGUGGUCACGAGCACACUCACGUCGUUCCUGGACGACUUCCUCGUCAACGUCUUCCACCCGCAACUGGACGAGACUCUCAUGGAUUUGUGCGCCGGGACAUUCAUGGAAGCCGAUACUUUCCAGGAAGAUGCACAAUGGCAACUGCAUUCCAAGAAGCCCAUAUUCAAGGGCACUACCAAAUUCUUCUCUCUGAUCACUGCGUUCUGCAAGAUGCUUGAUAAUCUUCCUCAUGACCAAGCUUUCAGCCAGCUCAUCAUCACUCAGAUGGUGACGUACUACGACAAGUGCUAUGGCUGGUACAAAACGCUGGUGACCCGAGCCCAGGAGAAGAAGCUGAAGGCCUCGGCUGCUUUGAGGGAGAAUCAAGACGUCGCAAAGAAGCUUGCAGCUCUACUGCAGGCAGAUGAUACGAACCGGGACGACGUCCUCAACGAGUCGAUGGAGCUUGUGAUCUCAACGUCAAACUAUCAAUCUUUGAAGGAAGCUGACCUGAUCAACGACCGCAAGAGCGUUGCGGCCUUGUGUCUGCUUUACACCAGCAUGAAGUGGCUGGCGAGCAAAGUGCACAGCCUUCGCCAUAUCAGCGAUCGCGCCACCGACUCAUCGCGACCUGACGGAGGAAGACAACAGCAUAGGCGGCGUUGGACUAAUGUCGGUUCAGCGGAACCACGUGGCGAUGGCAACCCUGUGUUCUUGCCCCUCAACCAGGAGACUGCAGUGGCAUUCGAUGGCGUGGUCAACUCAUACCACGAGCUUGCCGGCAUUAUCCUGCAAACACUACACUUGGAGGUCAGAUGCCACGUCAUGUAUCGCGUGAACCGUCUCUUCCAGGGAUCAUACCGUCUUGACCAGCUAUUCAAUGAACCGGAUGCAGAUGUCCUCAAACUGAACACAGAACUAAGUGAAAUCGACGAGGAAAUUAGCGGCCAGCUUAUGGAACAGCAGCACGACUACAUUACCCAUGGCUUGGGAUCUCUCGCCGAUACCCUUCUCGUCAAGAGCUGCAGCAGAAUAGGACGUAUGAACGAGAACGGUUGUGGACGUAUGCAGCUCAACAUCCUUGUCUUGCAGCAAAACCUCAAGAACAUCGAGGCAGGAGCGGUGUUGAACAAAGCAACCCAAUUCUACAGCAUGUUCACUACAGGGCCAGAGUCGAUCAUGGCAGUGGCCAAGGAGUCCAAGGAAAAGAAAUGCCCCUUCAGUCAUGACGAGCUCAAGGCGCUUGUGGAGCUGUACUACAGCGAGAAUUCGGCGAGUGAGCGACGGGACGUGGCAAUGAAGGCCAAGUCGGGCACAAAUGAUUAUUUGCUGCAGUUGAGCGAGCACAUGUGGACUGAGUAA